AUGGUAAAAGGAUUAAUAACAACUAAAACUAAUAAAAAAGUAAGAGGAUAUGAUAAUAUGAAUCAUCUUUAUCUUUCUAUUUCUGUUGAUUCAGAAAUAGGCAUAUUAGAUUCAGAAGGUAAAGAGAGAGGAGCUCGGAUAGAAGUAUGUAGAAAUGAUGCUGCUAAAUCAGAAUGCCAAACACACAAAAAAAUAAUAACUAAAAAUGAUUCUCUUAGUAGUGCAUUUCUUACAAAUCAUGCUGAAGGAGGGAAAAUUGAGUUACUUGAAAGGAGAUCAAAAGGUGAAAAACGAUUAUUAAGAAAAGUUAUUAAGAUUAUAACAACAGGAAAAAAAGUCGUUAAAAACAUCACCAAAGUAACCAUUCAGAAUUGUCCGCAAUUAAAAGAAUUAGUUAUUCCAAACUUCACUGAUAAUCAAGAAUUAAUCAUUAUUAAUUGCCCCAAUUUAGAAGUGCUUGAAUGUGGAAAUAAUAAGUUAUCUAAACUAGUGGGAGUAAAUGAGUGUCUAAAUCUAACUGAAUUAGAUUGUCGAGAUAAUCAAUUAAAUAACCUAGAUAUUAGUAACUGUCAACAAUUAAAAAAACUUUAUUGUAAUGGUAAUAAAUUAACUAAUUUAGACUUAACUAAUUUAGGAGAGUUAGAAUACUUAAAUUGUUCAGAUAAUCAAAUCACCCAACUAAAUCUUAAUCAGCAAGUUAAUUUAAAAGGACUAGAUUUAACUGGAAAUAACUUCACCAGUUUAGAAUUUACUAAAACACUAACUGCAUUAGAAAAACUUAAUAUUUCUCAAACUAAAAUCACUACUGGUUUAGAAUAUUUGCCUCAAAGUUUAAAAGAAAUUGAAUGUGAGGGAAAACUAAAAAAUGAAUUAGAAACUCACCCAAAGUUAAUGGAGGAGGCAGGCAAAGAAAAGAUAUCUGAUUAUUACCAAAAACUUAAACCUGAGGAGGGAAAUUCAGAAACUAAACUUGCAGAUAUUAAAAAGUUGCCCUUGCGUCUUUACAACUUAAAAACUAAGCAAGUAGAAGAAAUCCAAGAUGGAACUGAUAUUAGAAACUAUGCUAUUCUUUCUUAUGUUUGGGGUGAUAGAGAAGGGAGUGAAGAAAUUUCUAAGGGUGCUAAAGGUCAGAAUUACGAAAUAAAAUUAACUAAAUUAGGUAUAGAAAAAAGUCAAGAAGUUAGGAAUCAAAAGAAGUAUUACAACGAUGCUACAGCGACUUUAAUUUCUAUUAAUGGAAGGAUUGGAGAGCGAAAAGAAACUGAUUAUAAUUUAGUUGAUGGGCGAAUUUUAGCUAUGGCUUGGGGUGGUCUUCAACAAAGUUAUUCAUCAAGUUUAAACACCAACCCCCAAAUUUUCAUUACUCCCUUGGCUGUUAAACAUCGUGAGCAAACGAUACCAGUCGAUGGUAUCUACUCCAUUUUGGGUUUAUUACCUUAUGGGGACAAAGUAGUUCCUGAAUAUAAAGGAAAUAUAUGCAAAAACUGCAAAAAAUUAGAAAAUAAGCAAAAAAAAAGUGUAAUUUGCGAACAUGAUGAGGAGCAAAAAACAGAAUUUCCUACAUAUUUUAAAGAAGAGUUGGAACAAGCUUUGUUGUCAGUAAUGAAGGUAGUUACCAACGAAGUUUGGGAAAAUGGUUCUACUAAUGUGGAAGGUUUAACUAACUACCAAUCCAAAAAUAUAAAAUUAACUCCUCAAGGAGUUCGUUUAGUAGGAAAGAGAUAUGUCGUAGAGAAAGUUCCGGAAUAUAGAGAUAACAUAAUUUUAGUGACAACCAAGCAAAAUGAACUUAGUUUGAAAGGAAUUUCUGAAACCAUAGAACAAAUAAAAGUCAGUGAUAGUUUGGUAGUAAUUAGCGAAGAACAAGAAAGGGAUUAUCAACUAGCUAUCCUAAUACCCAGUGCUGAUGAUUGUCCGAUAGAUAUAGUAGAAUUUAAAUUAGAGAGUGGCGAAAGAUUAGUCCCCCAAGAAUUAUUUAUUGAUAUGAAGAACAAAAGAGAAAUAAUCUUUGGAAUCAAAAAUAUUACUCGUUAUCAUAAACUAACCGAGAAAUUAGCAGAAUUAGACCCUUUGCUAGAAAAAAAUGAAUAUGAACAAAAAAAACAAGAGUUGGAUAGUCUUUUAGAAUGA